GCGAUGAGGCUAACCUAACCAAAGAUUUGUAUAACUUAACCAAGACCACAGCCUGUCGUUUCCAAUAUGAACAAAUAAGUAAUUAGCGGGGAGAACAAGCAAGAAGUUGUCCAUAGCCAAGCACGAGUUAGGGAGAUCCUAUUGACCUCUGCAUAUUUCCGUUAGGGAACGCAGUGCGCAAUAACUCAAUUCACCUUUGCACUCCUAAACGAUACGGUUUCUUACAACAAUGGCAAUGGAAUUCAGAGGAUAUCCGGUGUAAAUGUACCUGCCCACCGUACAGAGACAUUGAAGGACAGAUCUACAAACAAAAUGUAUCUCUAAAGGAUUGUAACUGCCUUCAUGUUGUGGAGCCAAUGCCAGUUGAUGGAAAGGAUGUGGAGGCGUACUGUCUGCGUUGUGAAUGCAAAUAUGAGGAGAGGAGUUCUGGAACUAUCAAGGUGACUAUCAUAAUCUACCUGUCCAUCCUGGGCCUGCUGUUCCUCUACAUGGUGUACCUGACCCUGCUGGAGCCCAUGCUGAAGAGGAGGCUCUUUGGACACUCACCGCUCCAGAAUGAUGAUGAUGUCGGGGACCAGCAGCCUUUCGCCAACGCCCACAACGUAUUGUCUCGUUCGACCUCUCGUCCCAACAUGCUGAACAAAGUGGAACACGCUCAGCAGCGCUGGAGGAGGCAGGUCCAGGAACAGAGGAAGUCUGUGUUUGACCGCCAUGUGGUGCUCAGCUAAACCCAUCCCCAGGAAACAAAAACCCUGGGUGAAGCAAAAAAUAUUACUGUGACUGGGUGGUCCUUUUUUGCUGUUUUUUUUGUCUGAUUCUUUCCCCGACUUCUGAGCUUCAUCCUUAUUGGUGUUUUGUUCCUCAACAGGACCUGUAUUUCAUGAAAUGUGAUCAUAUAGCUCUAUGUAUUCAGGAGGUGAUCGUAAAGGGUCUCUACAUCAGUAGGUUGAAGUGGGGUGUUGCAUUUGAGACCUUUUACUUAAGAUAAUGCCAGUGUCUGUAUGACUUUGUAUACUUUCUGAUUUAAUAAUACUAAUAGAAAGUUAAAUGUUACAGUUUGUAGCCCCCCCAAAAAAUGGAUAAUGCGUGCCAUUAUGCACAAGCUGAUGAUAAUCUUUGGCUUCUGAUAAAGUAGAAACGAUGUGUGACCGUAUGCACUCUUUUACAGUAAUGUUGGCAGCUUCUGAUAACAGUAAAUGCUUGCCAUGUCACCAAUGAAAUUAGGUGAGACAUUUGAGGGUAGAGUAAAUAAAACAAAAAAUAUCAUGCCAAAAUGAAUCACUCAAGCUAAUGAAAACGUCUACAAUACGUGUAACUGCUACCUAAACUACAGAAGAUGGGAAUGAGUUAGAAACAGUAAAAAUUUGUAAAAUUGUCAAAAAGCAUGUUUUUUAAGAAUUAUGUAUAAUGUAUAAACUUAUUUACAACCUUUUACCCUAAACAACA